GUGGCAAAACUUCCCUGACCAAUAUCCCCCCAUAUGACUCCUUGUUGCCACUAAAUUCCUCUCAUUAUUUUUAUGCACUCCCUUUAAUUUUAAUUUCUUUUUCUUCACCAAUUACAUAAAAUCUUCUCUUCCACAAUACCAUUUCCCAGACACCAUCUCCUCCGCCAAGAUGGGUGUGGGAAUGUCAAGGUUGAAUGUGGCAUCCUGCGGAGCCUUUCACAGAACCACCAGCGAGUUGCAAGAUCCCUCCACCUAUACGCGCAUGAUGGUUGAUCGUAACGAUCAUGAUAAUUCAAAAAUUAUUCCUGUCCAAGGCCAAAAAAAUAACUCAUCGUUGCCAAAAGAGGUCGUUAGCUCAUCCUUGCCUAAAAAGGACGUCGUUAGCUCAAAGAAGGAUGAUGAGGAGAAGAACACAUAUGUUAAUAACAUCUACCAACAGUUGGAUGAAGAAUCAGAAAAGAAUACCGAUUAUGACGGUCCAAUGUUCAUGAAAUCGCCUAGUUUCAGAGAUUUUAUGCGUCCUGUUGAAGGCAGCGUCAAGAAUGGCGGUAAGAAAAAAGGAGAAAUGAAAGAAACCAACAAGACAGAAGCACAAUAUGAUUAUAUUUGCAACGGAGAGGCAUGUGUUAGGGUGGAAUCAAAGAACGACGACACACCACCAGUCAUGAAUAAAGAAGCUGGUCCUCGGAAAGAUAAAAAAAUAAACAAAAUAUUUGCACAAUAUUACAAGCCAAGUGCUGGUGUGAAAAAUCUUUUCAACCCCCACCCUAAACACCCUAAGCCAUCCAAUUCUGAUUAGGAGCCCUUGAUCCAUAUUUUUUCUCUUAUUAUGUUAUUUCAACUCUUCUUUGCUAGACAAGUGGGUAACAUAUUAUAUAUUCUUUCAUGUCAUGGCCUUGGCUAAGAUUUUGCCCUCGCGAUGAAUUCA